AUGUUAAUAUCAGCAGCGAUCAAUGUACAGAACCUCUAUGAUCUGGGAGCAAGGAGGAUUGGGGUUACAACUCUGCCACCAACUGGUUGUUUGCCAGCUGCCGUUACUUUGUUCGGCAGAGGAACCAAUGAGUGUGUUGCAAAACUGAACAAAGAUGCUAUCUCUUUCAACAAGAAGCUAAACAGGACAUCUGAAAAGUUAAAGAGCAAGCUUCCUGGCAUCAAGCUUGUAGUCUUCGACAUCUACCAACCUCUCUUUGAUCUGAUCAUAAAACCUGCAGAAAGUGGAUUUUUCGAAUCAAGAAAGGCUUGCUGCGGGACUGGUACACUAGAAACAUCAUUCCUUUGUAAUGCCAGGUCCAUUGGAACAUGCUCCAAUGCUACAAAUUAUGUAUUCUGGGAUGGAUUUCAUCCCUCACAAUCGGCAAAUGAGAAGUUAGCUCAAAGUCUGUUGGAGCAGGGUUUUGACCUCAUAUCUUAA